AUGCGGCGGGGCCGGGGCCGCGGGGCCGGGACGCCCUUAUAUAGACGAAAGCGGCGGCCCACGCGUGCCCCCGUCCCGCGGGGCGAUGCGCGGCGCCGGGCGGCACCGGGCACUGCGGACCCGGGGCGAAGCCGCGCAUCCCGCCCGGGAUACGGGGGGAACGCGCCCUGCGGCUGGCACUGCCGGGGCACACGGCGGAGCUCCCUGCAGCAGCUCCGCCUGUGGCGGGGCAGGUCCUCGCUGGUGGGGCUGCUGCAGGACCAGAGGGCCCUGGGGUCCGUGGAGAGGCCAGACAGUGUCCGCAGGCUGCACCGUGGGCGGCAGCGCCAAGGGAACACUUCCCUCGGCGGGCGGCGCCGGGACGAGCCGCCGCACCCGCAGCACCACGCGGUGGCCAACGGCGGCGCGGCCGGGCGCGGCUCCGUGUGGGGCAAAGCGCUGCGCAGCGACUCCGCCUGGCACGAUAAGGACGAGUUUUUAGAUGUGAUCUACUGGUUCCGGCAGAUCAUUGCAGUUAUUUUGGGAAUCAUCUGGGGAGUAGUUCCACUGAAGGGAUUCGUGGGAAUAGCAGUAUUCUGCCUGAUCAAUGCUGGUGUUCUGUACCUCUACUUCAGCAGCUUCCAGCAGAUAGAUGAGGAGGAAUAUGGUGGGACGUGGGAGCUAACGAAGGAGGGAUUCAUGACAUCUUUUGCACUGUUCCUGGUGGUUUGGAUUAUCUUCUAUACUGCCAUCCACUAUGAUUGACACACUCUGCAGUUAAAUCAGUCGUCAAUAAAUAGAGAAGGUUUUAAUAAAUCCUAGUCUUUAGUGGACUAGUGGCAAAGUGGGGAAGUCAAACCAGCUCUCCCCUGUACCAGUGGUCUGGGUAGCCUGGAGGAACCCCAACUCUUCUGCUGGAGAAGCCUGUCUCAGUUUUAUAUACCCGUGAAUUAUUGGAACUAUUAAAAAGCCAUUGGAAUUUUUGGAAGCGGUUCAAGACUGUUCAAAUUUGGAACUUUCUGUGACUCUAGCCAGUAACUCUUACCAAACUCCUGUGUGCCGAAGGUUGAAUCUGUUAAUUUAAUGUGUGUAUGCCCUUCUGUUUGAAAUCUGUCAUUAAACCCUGACUUGUCUUCCAUGGUUGUCCUUUAGACAAACAGUGUUUCAAAAGCAGCUGUAGGUAUGUGGGCAGAAGGCACAGCAGCACCCAGGACACAAGCUGGUGACUGUCCUUAGCAUGUUUUUGUAGUAACCAGAUCUGAUUUGAUUAAACAGACUGUGUUGUUACCAUUUCUAAUAUUUUUUUUUUUUUGUUUUACUUGCAAAUCAGUUGUUGAUCAGAUUUUUUAAAUGCUUUUUGCUGAAGACAAAUUUUUAAGUGAUUUUGGCAGUAAGAACUGAUUCAUUUGGUAAACCAAGAUGUAUUCAGGAGGCUUAGAAGCUCCACUGCACUCUGCCAGCCUGACUACCAAGUUGCCAUCACAUACCUCAGAGCUUCGUAUUCUCGAAGGAGUCAUUCUGGAGAUACCCUGUUAAAUGUUAGUGUUUCGAAUUGGUUUUAAGCUCUUGAAUUCAACUGGUCUUUGUUCAUAAAUGCAGGACACUAAAACACAAUUGAGGCAGCUAUUAUCUUAAAUGCAAAAGUACCAACUUGCAAACUGGGCAGAGUACACAACCUGUGGUUUGGGAGGUACUUGAUCACUUCAUAGCUCAGUCCCUCCCUAGUCAUGCCCUUUUUGUGCAUCAAUGGGGAGUCUCUGCUUUAAGGUAUUUUUUAAGAACGUGUCUUUCAGAAAUAGUUCUUGGGAAACACGCACAGUCCUCGUUAUUGUCACAGGACCUUGUAGUCUUGUUGCCAUGUGGUCCUUGCUUCUCUAAACAGCUCAGGCACCCAAAAAGAGUCCUGACCUAAUGCUGCCUUAUAGUGAGGGGUUGGUAGUUUAGUGUGCUCUUGCUGCAAGCCUGCAUUGCCUCCUCUCUGGUGGAAGUGCCACAGCCUGGCUCUCACUGGGAGUGCAAAGCCAGGGAUCUCAAUCUCCGAGUGCGGAGCCAGGGCGAGCCUCCAUUCUUACCAGGGAAAAUCUGUCAGUUCUUGGCGAAGAAACAGCCCUGGUUAGUUUAGGUCCUUGGGAUGCCAAGGGAAGAGUGCAAUAGCAGACAGCUUCUGCUACUUGUGAGUGGCCAAUUUAAGUAAAUUAUCUCAAAAAAAAACUUCUUUAUUUUCUCCUCCCCAUCCCCGAACUUUUAGUCUGCUACUUUAUCUUCCUUUCCUAUCAGCUGAAAUCAUUAACUUCCCAUGAGAAUUGCAUAGCCUGCUAGUUCUAGGUCACCCUUUCCUGCUGGCAUCUGUCUGCAUCUUAGCUGCUUACAGCCAUUAGUAAAACCAUUGUAUACUUGAAAUGCUCCAAUAAAUGUUGCCUGAAUA